CCAAAGUGGAUGUAUUGGAUUUGGAUGGAAACUCCGUGCUUCCACCUGAUGCCAAAUACGAUUGCAAUCUAGUGAUCGAAAAUGGCUGUCAGUCUUGGGAGUGGAAAAGUGGAUGGAAAAGCAGUCCCAAUACAGAAAACUUUCUUGACCCUUAUCCAAUGGUUACUGACUUCCGUUGGAAUGAUUUACCAACUUACUUCACCCACGGAAAAUUUCAAUCCAAAAUUCCAACUCAAGAAUACUUCAGAUUACAUUUUUCAAUUCUGGCGAAUGACUCAGCACAGUUUCUUUUCACAAAUGACUCGACCUUUGAGAAUGGAUACAGAGCUGUUAUCGACGGUUGGGGUAACACACAUCAGUCAGAGUUGCAAUACUGCACGGCUAUUUACAAUGCUAACCUUGAAAAAUGGCCGAUUUGUGAAAUAAAGUUAAAAAUUGUUCAGAACCAAAUAAUUCUGGACGGAGGGAAAAAUUGGGUUCAUGCGGAAGUAAAGUCAGAACAACAGUCUCCCGGCGAAAUUGAGUAUCGAGCUCUGACAAAUACCUUAACAAUCAACUUCCCUGAUUAUAGAAAAAAUAAUUAUCGGACGGAAAAUUAUUUGUCCUUCAGGACAAAUGAAGAAGGGCUCUUGAAACUUCACAAAUACAAUGUGCUUCUGCCUUUUGAAUCAUCAAAAUUAAUGGAAUUGGCCUUGGAAUCUGAUUUGCCGAAUACGCUUUGUAUUGAUUUCGUGUUCCUGACAACAAUGCAAAUAUCACAAGGCAAUCAAGCGUUUAAAAUUGAGAUAAAAAAUGCACAAAAAAUUGUGAUCUUCAAUGAAAACAUCAUAACUAGAAGGAAAAAUGAAUGGACAACAGCAAGGAUAUUUAGAAACGAUAUAAAAUUGAGAAAAGACUGGACGAUUACGUUGACUGCUCACACUCGGGACCUUGUGAUUGGCGGGAUCAAAUUCUGCAAAGAAGGAUUUACGGUUUAUAAGCCGAAAAUUGAGAAUCAAAACCACUGCCAAUCUUUGGUGAAAGAAACAGACACGACGGAACAGGUUGCCGUAUCUAACGUCAAAAAGAUCUGGUCUGAACUUAUUGAUUGCAAGAAGUUAUUUGGAGAAGACUGUUCGGGUACCCGAUUGUGUUACCAGGAAGGAUAUUGCGCUUGCUUUGCUGGAUAUCAAGGAAAUAACUGUGAAAGUCAGUGCCUCGGAACUAUGUUUGGACUAAACUGCUCACAGUUUUCCCAAAGAAAAUGUUUUAAAGAAAACUUCUUUCCAACAAACGGAACGUGUCGCGAAGGGUGCGCCGCUGGAUAUUCUCUUCCUGAUUGCAUCGAUGGAUGCACGGGUAAUAAGUAUGGAAUAAAUUGCUACAAGACAUCCUCGAAGAAAUGCUUGAAUAAUGAUAUAAACCGUGUCGAUGGAAGCUGUUUGCAGGGUUGCGCAGAUGGUUACUACCCCCCGUGUGAAAAAGCAUGUGAACGCAACAGUUACGGAAAAAAUUGUGGGAAUACUUCAUACAAAAAUUGUAAAGAUGAUCAAUUCAACCAUGUAGAUGGAAGUUGUUUGAAGGGGUGUAAAGAGGGAUAUUCCUUUCCGGAUUGCAUUAAUGAAUGCGAGGGUAACAGCUAUGGAGUAAAUUGUUCCAAGACUUCCACCAAGCACUGCUUUGGAGCCAAGCUCAACCGUGCCACCGGAAAUUGUUUGAAUGGAUGUGAAGAUGGAUAUUCUUUCCCAGCAUGCGAGAAAGGAACAAACUCGUCACUGCUAACGCCAUUCACAACCGUGUUGGCGGUUCUAGCCGUGCUCACUGCUCUCGGAGUUUGGUUUUAUCUAAAAAAAUGGAAGAAAACUCAGCCUUCAAACCAACUAUCUACUGUGCAAUUUUCAAAUACAUCUGAAAUUUUAAAAAACGAGAUACCACCAACACCAACUGCUGGAGCAAACCAACUCACUCAUAAUGAUAAAGAUAUUCCUUUAAAUAAGACAUCGACUGACGUCGAAGAAUACUUGCAAAAGGCCCUUACAUUUAACCUCAAGAAAGAGUUUGAGAAAUUUCCGCUCGGCCAAACUCAGUCAUUGAACUGCGGCUCCAAAUCCCAAAAUAAGAGAAAGAAUCGAUACGCAAACUUGGCCGCCUACGACUGUUCUCGGGUUGUACUGGAUCUUCUUCCCGGCGACAAAUACUCUGACUACAUCAACGCAAACUACGUUGAUGGAUUUGAACGACCAAAGGCUUACAUUGCUACUCAAGGACCGAAAAUAUCUACCGUUAACGACUUUUGGAGAAUGAUUUGGCAGGAAAACAUUUCUUUAAUUGUUAUGGUGACAAAUCUGGUAGUAGGUGACAAGAAAAAGUGUGAAAAGUACUGGCCCGACGUCAACAGGGAAGACAUAUACGGCAAAGUAGUAGUUCGCUCAGUUUAUGAAGAAAUAAACGCCGACUACGUAACACGAACUUUAUCAAUCUCCCGCGAUAAUGCGAUCCGACUCGUCCAACAAUUGCACUACACGAGCUGGCCCGACCAUGGAGUGCCUCUUUAUCCGCAGUCGAUGGCUCUUUUCAUGGAUAAAAUUAACCAACACAGGAACAAGAGUCCGAUUUUGAUCCACAGCAGUGCUGGAGUUGGGAAGACUGGCACAGUUAUUUUAAUUGAUGCUUGCCUUCAAAUGUUUCGUUCGCACAAUCGAAUUGAUGUGAUGAGCAUUUUCACAAAAAUGCGGUCUCAACGAGUCAAUUUGGUCGACAAUUUGGCACAAUACGAGUUCGUCCAUUUGGUGCUCUUGGAGAUCAUUGCGAAUCCCAAGUUUGAAAUAAGCUGUGCCAAUUUUCAUGAGGAAUAUUGCCGGUUAAUGUCGAACAACAGUGAAAAGCUCAAGGAGAGCUUUGCAAAACUCGAAGAAAUUUGCGAAAAGGAUUUUCAGAGAUUGGAAACACCUGCUAGAAAUGAUACCGACAAAUGCAGAUAUCCGCAUUUCAUAUCCUCCUCUAACGCGAUCGUUAAAAUUUCCCCAUACGAGAAUGUGGUGACCACGAGCUUUAUCAACGCCGUUACCGUCGACGGAUACAACAGAGCCAAGCAAUUUAUCGUCACUCAAGUGCCGAUGAAAAAUACAGUUGAGGAUUUUUGGAGGAUGAUCGACCAGUUCAACGUCAAGCAAAUCGUUGUUCUCAACGUGCCGCAUAUUUCUGAGGCUGAAUUAAUUCCAACCAAGCAACGCAGAUUCACUUUUGGUACAAUACAGAUUGCGUUAACUGACUCUAGAGAUGACAAUUCCUACAGAACCUUGAAUAUUGAGCUUCAUUGCAAAGGAAAAUGCAAAAAAGUGCGCGUCAUGUGCGCCUCAUUUGGCUGGAUGGCGCAACAAGUUGGUCCACCGAACUUGCAAGCCCUCAUUAGCUUAUGGGGCACUUUGAAAAUUGCUCACGAGGAAGAUAGCAUCACCAUUGUCUGCCAUGACGGGGUGACUGCCAGCGGGCUUUUCCUCGCCAUGGGCUUCGUCAUCGAGAAAAUCAAACUGGAGCAGAAGGUUGAUGCUGGGCUUGCGGUGCGAAUUCUGAGGAAGUCGAGACCUGCCUUUGUUUCCUCAGAAAUCCAGUUUGGGCUUGUAUACGAGGCUGCCUUAAACUUUUUAAACUCGUUUGACACCUACGGUAACUUCAAAAGAUGAGGAUAAUAAUUUUAAACUGUGAUCUUAUCUCUAGAUAUGUAUAUUAAUAAAAUGAUAUACUUUGUUUUAAACCAUAAUCUAUAGCCUGUACUGUGCACAAUAAUAGUAUU